AUGGAGAAUGGGCUGUACUGGAAGCUGAAGAGCGAGUGCCUGCCGCUGGACGUGAGCAAGCACCUGGAGGAGAACGACCUGGAGGGGCUGCUGAGCUACGAGGGGCUGAUCCAGGAGAUAAAGGCAGAGAACUACGAGUUAGUAAACUUCCUAUCGAAGGAGGAAAAUUUGAAAAAAAUAAUAAGGUACAUCACAGAGGAGUCAGAAGAUAAGAGUAACUACGACAAGUCGUACAAGUUUCCUUACAAGUGCCACCAAAUAAUAAAUGCAGAAAAUAAGCUGAUCACAGAUUCGCUUGUCUACAAUGACAAGCUAAUGAAGCUGUUUUGGAGUUUUGUCCUCAGGAAAAGUCAACUAAAUGAAGUCUUAUCAGGUUACUUUAGCAGAUGUGCCAUAACGAUUUAUAAUAAAAAUACAACAGAAGUGGUAAAUUUUCUGAAGAGGAAAAAGGAACUCUAUUUGAAAGGAUUCCUUUAUCACUUCUACUCAAGAAAUAUAACAGAACUUUUUAAGGUUCUACUCUUUGUUAAACUGCCCUACCUCUGUAUAUUCGACAACAAGGAUAUUAUUUACUUCAUUCUGAGCAAUUUGAAUGGGAACUUUUCCAACGAAACGUUUAUCAUUUGCGACCGGGAGGAUAAUAUCACUUGUCUAAUUAGAGAUAUCUUUGUUAGAAAAACGGAGAUUUAUUAUUUUAAUUAUUUUUUAAUAGACUUAUCUUCCCAGUUAUCUUUUUCUUACUUGAUAAAAUGCGUUUUUUCUGAUUGUCCGUAUACCAUUUCUGCUGCCAUUACGAUCAUAUCAGACCUGCUGCAUUAUACUGUCCUGGGCAAAUCCUACAACACUAUUGACUUUUAUGAAUGCCUCGACUUGUACACUAAAGAACAGGACCAGAAGAACAAGCAACUCAAACAAAUGGAGGAGUGCAAAUAUACUAGGAAGAAGAAAAAAAAAAGGAAAUCCAAUAAGGUCAUUGAUGAGGAGGCCGUUUAUAAUUCGUCCAAGGCUCAUGCCAGUUGCGUUAACCAGGUGCGAGAGUCGGAUGAAAUACUCAUGGGCGGUUCUUGCAAUGUGUAUGAUCAGUAUGGGUUGGGUGGACCCUCUGUGGGUAUUCCCUCCGGGUUUGCAACUUUGCCCACGAAUUAUUCACACGAGGAGACGCCACCCGAUGGAGAUAACAUCGCGGAGGAGGAGGAAAAGAGAGAAAUUGAAAAGAGCGAGCUGGAAAGGGAGAAGGAAGGUAAACUGUCAAGCAGGGGCACAGGAAAGGUGGUCACAAAUGUGAGCGCAAACUUUUACCCGGUUAAUCAGCCAAACCAUGUGAACAAAAAGAUCAAGGAAGAAAUGCAGACAGGUGGAGCAACCCAGCAGGGAGAAACAGACCCAGAGAAGAAGCAUAACACGUUGCAUGGUGUGACGGAGGAGUUCCAACCAGAGGGAGACCCUCCCUUCAGUAUGCAGUUUGAAUUACACGCAACGGAGCAGCACCCACAUGGGGAGGAUCCCCAUGAACGGGAAAACAACAUCAUGGGUGACGGAGUAGACAUCCCCAAUGGCAGCGGUGGAAGCCUCUCGUGGGGACAAUUAGGAGUGAACGAAAAUGACAAGGGGGACACGCAGAACGAACAAAGUGGUGAAAAUAUGCAAAAUGGUGAAGACGCACAAACCGGCGAAUCUCUCCUCGCGCAGCAGCACGCAGUUUCGUAUUACUACUCAUCAUGUGGGGACGCCAACCAGAGGAACGACCACGCGGAAUUGUCCAAUGUGGACGCAUAUAGUACUGAACACCAUAGUGAGGAUAACAGAAAUAACGGAGUAGGAAAGUACGUGAAGGAGGUAAAGAACGAUCGGAACAGUGACAACGAUAAUUGCUUCUCCUACGGGUCAGAUGCAUCUUCCUCUGAUUCGUCGGAUGAUGAAAAUUACGAACAUUUAAAAAAAAUAAAAUUUGAAGAAGUCCUAAAUAGAAUGAAGAGAAUAGCUAGUAACCGAGUGCACGUUAAGGAAGACGGAGAAGGAUAUAUCAGUAGUGGAAGAAACGCAUUCAGUCGCUCCCAUAGUAAUGAAAAAAAAAAAUUAAAAGAAGACAUAUUUGGAAUUGACUCACACAACAGUACAGAUAAACUCUCCAACGGAACUGCCAAUGAAGAAGAAAACUUUCAAAUUUUUGAAAGCGAAAAAGAAGGAGAUAUGAACAUCCCCCUGAACAAAUGGGUACAGUACCUUGAAAAUGGCACCUUCAUAGACAUAUGCUUUUUUAGCUACAUAAAGGACAUUAUCAGAUUGUAUGUAAAAAAUAUAAAUAAAAAUAAAGGAAAAAAUAUGCUGGGAUUUACUACCUUGGAAAUUAUCCAAUUGAUAAAGACGCUUAUAAAAACUAAGUCGAAAAAUAUUUUAACAGAAAUUAUCGAUGAAGGUUUUUUUGAUAUUUCCAUUGAUAUUUUUUUUAAAUACAAGUGGAAUAAUUUGCUACACAUUUCUGUGUGUGACUUAAUGCAGACCAUUAUAUUUAAGGAAAAUGAAUACUCCUACCUGCUUUACUACAUUUUAGCGUUGACUACCUUUUUGCCAAAAUGUCUACGCUACUUUGACGCCGUCAGACGGUGUAGAAAUAUUAAAAAUAAGAAGAGGAAAAAAAAAAUUGAAAGUUUAAUAGAUUGUGGGUAUAAAGCACAUCUACUUCAUAUUUGCCAAAUUCUGAGUAACAAAUCUUUGGAAAUAAAGUGGCUCUCCAAUUUCCUUGUCACCGUUUCGGGGUGGAAUGACAUCAUCAUAGAGGAACUAAACCACUACUCCUUAUACUUUAACGAUGUAAACUAUGGAGAUGAGAAACGCGCAGAGGAAACUGACCACGGGGAGGUAAUCUCCAAUGGGUUGUGUAACCAGGCUGACAAUUCUCUGACGCACCAUCAUUUGAACAAUGUUGGGGGAUCUGCGGGGGCCAAUCGGGAAAACCUCAUCAGCGGUGACGCCAGUGGGAACACCAACCAGUGCAUGAAUAGAAAUUACCACUACGAUGAGGAGGAAGACGAGGACGACCAGCAGGAAGGAUCCAACCGUGCCAAUGGUGGCAACCGUGACAGCAUCAACGGCGCAACUAUGCAGAGUGACCAGCACGAACCCCGAACGAACAACCACGACGGAAACGACAACUGCUUUAACAACUACUCGAACGUCAUCGAUAUCCUUUUCGAUGAACAUAAAAAUGACUACAUAAAGUAUGAGGAUGAGUACCACGAGGGUAGCUCCAACUAUGACUUACCUUCCAACUGCAGCUUUGGAAACCACGAUCCGCAUGCAGAGGAUAUGAACAGAUUGGACGACAACUACAAUAAGCAGGGUGAAUAUAGUCUGGGGAACUACAAGGGAGGUUACGAAGAGCAAGAGGGGCACCACAAAGAUGGGCAUCCCGAAGGCGAUCCUUUUGCCAACCCCACCAACAGCUACCUCUUCGACCGAGGGGAUGGAAACCCAAACAGCAACCACGAUGACCACGAUAACCAUGACUUGAAGAGCAACUCGGACCCCUUCGGCGCAAAUUGA